UCCUUGCAUUUGAAAGUCAUAUUCUCUCUCUCUCUCUCUCUCUCUCUCUCUACCACCACCACCACCACCACCACCACCGUGCCGGAAAAUGAGUAGUUUGAGCAUGAUUGAGUCAAAGCUGCCGCCGGGGUUUAGGUUUCAGCCAAAAGAUGAAGAACUGAUAUGUGAUUACUUGAUGAAAUGGGUAACCGGCUGCGGCCACCAAACCCCUCUGUUAAUUGAAGUUGACCUAAAUAAGUGCGAGCCUUGGGACGUUCCCGAAUCAGCAUGUGUAGGAGGCAAGGAGUGGUAUUUUUACAGCCAACGUGACCGGAAAUAUGCAACCGGACUAAGAACAAAUCGGUCUACAAUAUUCGGCUACUGGAAAGCGACCGGAAAAGACAGGCCGAUUAUUCGAAAGGGAACCCUAGUUGGGAUGAGAAAGACAUUGGUAUUCUACCAAGGUAGGGCUCCUAAAGGAAGAAAAACUAGUUGGGUCAUGCAUGAAUUUCGCCUUGAAGGCUUCUUGGGCCCUCCUAGACUAUCUUCUAUCCGGGAGGAUUGGGUUUUAUGCAGAUUGUUCUACAAAAAAAGAGAAGUUGAAGCCAAACAAGAAACAGGAAGCAGCUGCGAAAAAGAAAUUACAACUUCUUCUUCUCUUCCUCCAUUAAUGAAACCCAGUGUCACCUUUAAUCAAAAUCAGGCCUCAACAAAUGAGUUUAAUAAUAAUAAUAAUAAUAAUAAUAAUAAUAAUAAUAAUAAUAAUAAUAAUGAGCAAGUGCCCUGCUUCUCCAUUUUGACCCAAAACGAAAAUAAUUUCUCACAAAUCACAGAAUCAUCCAACAAAUUCAUGCCCGGAGGGUUGCCUGCAGAUCAUAAUCUUGGAAUGCAUUCAUCAUCAUCAAACGCUGAUCAGACGGUGAUCAAAGCUCUACUCUAUCAUCUUACCAAAAUGGACGACAGUAAGUUCUUCCCAAGUUAUGGGGAUGGAAGUUCAAUCAGCUAUCUAUCUGAAGUGGGAUUGCAGUCUUCCAUGUGGAAUUACAACUGAUAUGAUAUUUAGAACUUGAAUUAUUUGUGCUACUUUAAUUAAGAUUUGAGUUUUGCCGACAUAUGAUUCUAAUGAUAGGUUAAGUUGUUUCCUAA